AUGUCGGUAGUAGUGGAGGUGGAAGAGAAGCCAAAGUUUGACGCAGGCAGAGUAGCUAUGCUUGUUAAGGAGCUCAGGAAGAGCUUUAAUGCCGGCAGGACGAGGAGCUUUGAAUGGAGAGUGUCGCAGUUGAAGAGCAUCGAGAAGAUGCUUGAAGAAAAGAGAAGGAGAUUACUGAAGCUCUUUUUAAGGACCUCUCAAAAGCCUGGAUUAGAAGCUUUUUGCGUGAUUUCACAAGUCAAAUCCUCGUGUAAGCUGGCACUCAAAAGAAUUGAGUCGUUGGAUGAUUCCAGAAAAGCUGGCAAUGCUGUGGUCCUAAAACCGUCAGAAAUUGCUCCUGCUACAUCGUUGCUGGUCUCAAAUUUUGCAGAGGAAUAUCUAGACAAUUCUGCCAUAAAAGCUGUUGAAGGGGCCAUCGAUGAAACAACUGCACUACUUGAUCAGAAGUGGGAUGGGAUUCUGUACACAGGUAGUGCAAGAGUAGGUCGCAUUGUGAUGGCUACUGCUGCAGUACACCUUACACCAAUAACUCUGGAACUUGGAGGGAAGUGCCCAGCUGUUGUUGAUUCAAACGCUAACUUACAAAAAGAUACUCCAACCAUCUUGUUGGAUGUUCCAGAGGACUCACUGAUAAUGCAGGAGAAGAAAUUUGGGCCUUUAGUACCCAUUCUCAUUGUGAGCACUAUAGUUAUAUUAAGUACAGAGCGGUGCUACUUUGCCGCUCAGAGUGCACUUCUCAUUGUUACCGUUGAGAACCUGGAAGACAACUUUGAAGUGAUAAACUCAAAACCAAAGCCCCUUGCUGCAUAUCUCUUCACUAAUGAUGAGCAGCUGAAGAAGGCUUUUGUGCAAAAUAUAUCUCUUGGAGGAAUGCUCAUCAAUGAUACCAUCAUACAUGUUGUAGUAGAGGGUUUACCUUUUGGUGGAGUUGGGGAGAGUGGAAUGGGCUCAUACCAUGGGAAGUUUUCUUUUGAUGCUUUUAGCCAUAAGAAGGCAGUUCUAUAUAGAAGCUUUGAUGGAGAUGCCUCUGUAAGGUACCCUCCAUACACGCCUGAAAAGCAAAAACUAUUGAAGGCCCUAAUCAGUGGCAACAUAAUUGCCAUCAUACUUGCUUUGAUUGGAUGGUCGAAAGAUUGA